AUGUCACACUGUGCUACAUCCGCUUACUACCAAGAAGAGCUGGGACCGACGACGUCGGGCGCAAUCGACCCUGAUUACGCUGUGUGUAUCGAAGUCUUCACUCCAGGUGUCCUCCAUGUCGCGAAAUAUGCAGCCCAGCAGCAUCUGUGUGCAUACAAUGGAGAGUUCAACCGAGUCAAAUCAUCGGUGACCGCCAAAGCCGGCGACAAGUUCGUCGUUUGCCCAGGUGGAGUUUGGACCAAGCUGGCGAUUUAUACCGAUACUGGCGUGGUUGCUCUUUUGAAGGAGAAGAGCGGUAACACUAAAAGGGUUGGCGAUUCUCUUACCAAAGGUGUGAUUGUCACCUACGAUGCUACCGUCAAAAUCGAAUUCAAUCAGGACGUUACCAGUUUUUUCAACGGCGCUGCCUGGAACAACGACACAUUUCUCAACGUCACCAACAUCUAA